AUGGAGUUCGCGUUGUGCAGAGCUAAAGCAGGCGGCGGCGGUGCGCUCCGGGUUGAGUCCGACUUCAUCCAACAUGCCGGCAGCAUGAAGUUUCGAUCAUGCGCCGCUACCGAGGAUGGAGGUGCGAUGAAUCUUGGUAAGAGCCUAACCGCAACGGGCGCCAUGGAGUUCUAUGCAUGCCACGCAGACGGCGAUGGCGGUGCCAUCAAGCUCCAAGGCGACCUCCUCCAACAAGCAGAUGGAAACAUGAGCUUCGCCUUAUGCACCGCACGCCGGGGAGGUGCAGUGUCUGCUUACCGUCUUGAAGCUUCCAGCACCAUGGAGUUCAAGGUGGUGCAGCUGUCGUUGAGACUGACUUCGCUCAGAAAGCCGGCCGUGCAGACUUUAAGUCAUGCACCGCUAGAAACGGAGGCGCUCUGGAAGUCCGCGGUGACCUUGUUUGUGACGGCCUGUGCAGCAUUAAAUCUUGCCAUGCGGAACAAGGCCGCCGAAAUGAAAGGUUCUGCUCUUGAGGUUUUGGGCGACUUUCUUGUUCCUCAUCUGCCGACAGACUGUCCAGAUGGAGUCCUGGACUUGACGGGAACGUAUGUGGUCGACUGGGUUUCCACUUUUGAUGGAAACUGCAAGAUUAGGGGCAAGGGCGCCGCAGUGCUGAUCAGAGAACCCCUGGUCGUCGAAGGAGCUGUUGAGUUCCUCGGCCUCAUCACCUUCAUUGGACUGUCGCCUAUGGAGCAAGCCUGUGUGACGGUACACGGCUCUAUCACAAUUGGUGGCACUUCUGAUGAAGCUAACAUCCUGUUUACGGAUUGCCACAACCAGGGCAACACGUCUGCUGGUGGAGCUCUCCACAUCGCGGAGGGCCUCACUGUCGUCUCUGGUGUGUUGGAGAUCGAGCGAAGCAGUAGCGUGAAAGGCGGUGCUGGGGUCUACAUCGACAACGGCAAUCUUCGACAAGCCGGUGGCAUGAUCAAAAUCAAAGCCUCUACUUCAGAAGGCAAUGGAGGAGGCUUGCUGAUCAGCAAGGGCAGUCUCGUCCAGGCAGAUGGACAAAUCAGCUGCCACAAGUGUUCUGCAAAGCGUGGUGGAUGCAUGGCAUUGAACGGCGUGCACAACUACAGCUUGCAGACGAACGGUUCCAUUGAAGCGGAGGGCUGCACGGCUGCUGCAGGUGCAGGAAGCCAAUCGUUUUGA